AUGGUCCAUCAACGCCUCUGCUCUCCCUGCCGCAUCACCGCUUUGAAAUAUAUGGUCCCACGGCCAAUCCCCUUCUCCCGGUCAAUCCAUCUGCCUGCCUCCCGGCCACGGCGGACUCUAACAAGCGCAACAUGGGACACCCCUCACCCAGUCAUUCCCAACGAGUAUCCCAUGCGUCAUCGUGACAUGGAACGGGUGCCUCUGACGGCGCUGCUUAGGAGUAUCGUGAUGCAGGCCGCCAUGUCACAUCCGUAUAUCGUGGACGCCGCCUCGGCCCUGGCUCAGCGCAAUAUCCAAAUGCUGACGGGCAAUAUGCUGCUGAGAUUCUUCCUGGAUAAGUUCUUCUACGCACAGUUCUGUGCGGGGAGCACGGAAACCGAGAUCAAGAAGACAGUUGAGGACCUCAAGGCACUUGGGUUCAAGGGCAUGAUAAUAUCAUAUGCUCGUGAGGUAGAUCUCUUGAAUGCCGCUGAAGAUGCCAGCGAAGCUAGACAUCAGCAUCAAAGCCGCGUUGCUCAGUGGCUGGAUGGAACCCUGAAAGGGGUUCGCUAUUCAAAUCCUGAUGACUUCGUUGCGUUAAAAUUCACAGGUGCAGGCCCGGAAUGUGUACGGUUGCUCGAAGCCGGAAUGGCACCAGAUGCAACCAUGGCAGAAGCUGUAACCCAGAUCUGCGAAUCCGCUAAAUCCCAGGGGGUUAGGUUGCUAAUCGAUGCCGAGCAUCACUCCCAGCAAGCAGGGAUUGAUUCGUGGACAAUGGAUCUCAUGGAAAAAUACAACCAAGAUGGAAGAUUGGUCGUGUACAACACGUAUCAAAUGUACCUAAAAGAGUCCACCGCAACUCUUGCAAGACACCUCGAGCGCGCACGCUCCGGCAAAUUCACUUUAGGUGUAAAACUAGUUCGCGGGGCAUACCUCAAAAGCGACCCACGCCACUUGAUUCACGACACCAGAGAAGACACGGACCGCGCGUACAACGAUGCCGCACACAUGCUGGCAACGCAGCAUCUUAGUGGUCCCUCUGCGCCCAAAGUUGGAUUGGUGCUUGCCACCCAUAAUGCGCAAAGCGUGGAAAUGAUGCGAAAGCUGCGGCAAGAACAGUUGAAAGAACAAUUACCCCUGGCGGAAGUUGUAUAUUCUCAGCUGAUGGGCAUGGCUGACGAACUGUCUCUGAAUCUCAUACAGAAAAGAGAGCCUUUCAAGUUCGUUCGAACCCUGCGCGAUGGGAAUCUCGUCAUGCCUGUCAAUUGUCAAUCAUCGCGCGUUCUAGCUGUCUAUCAGAAACAUGUUAAAGUGACGCAAAUACGCCAUCCGUGUGAAUGA